GCUUUAUAAUUCUCUCACAACUGGUUAAAUAGCGUAAGCAGUGAAAACAACGUAGUCAGUUAACAUGCAAACAGAAUUCCCAACUGCUUGUUACAUACCCGGGGUGUUUGCUUUGUGCUAUGGCGUUUUAUUUUAAAAAUCAGCAACAAGUGUUCAUAAACUUUUCCAUAAAGUUUUCCGUUACUUUCUUGUUAAACGGCAUUCGAUGAGGUCAAGUCCAACGAAAAUUGCAUUUAUCCAAUAAAAGUUUUAAUUUCAAGAUCGAUGUUCAGUUUUGAUGUACAGAAGAGAAGUAUGAAUACUUACCUGGUGUUGGCAAUCGUGUUUGUACACGUUACAGUAAAACAACUGUCCGAUGCAUUCGUUACGAGAUCGGUUCGGUUCGGCAUUCCCCUUGACUGUUUUGUUAGAGACAGUGUUGCCGGGAAAAUUUAUGCUCGGUUUGGCGAAAAGGUCAUGAUAUUAGACCGAAGUCUUCAGGUGAUCGGCAGCUCGACUUUGACGAACUUCAACGGAACUGUAACAAAGAGCCGCUUGCCAGGCGAUAAUUGUUUCACACGCACUGGCGAGACCAUGGCAAAGAGUAUCGUAGCACCGAUGGUUCAGCUGACGAAUUCCGACUUCACUUCUGAAACGUCCAUGUACAGCUUCACUAUCCGUGAUCACCGCUUCAUUAUCACGAACACAGACAAGCAGACGCGUCUGUGGUACAGAAGUGACCUACAAACCAAGGCACCUACGUUGAUUAAAAAUCUAGAGUGCAAAGCGCCGACGUUCUCAAGAAGAGUUCUUUCUUUUUCCCAAGCGGUUUCCGCUCUGCACAUGAGCACGGCAACAAAAUCGAGUUUGUAUGUGCUGUUCACGAUGGAGGCGAAGUCGCUGUCUGUAAUCUGUGCAUAUCAAGUAGCCGUGGACAAUGUUUUUGAGAAAACCAACUGGCUGAACCCUACGCCCUCCAAAAUACUUCCUUCCCGCGCAAACACCUUAAUGAAUGCCACAGUGGACGGACAAGAUGUUUUAUUACUGCGUGAAGCUCACCAGAUCAAAAUGGUUUGGCUGCCUCUGGAUAAAAACAAAGCCCCACCACAAGCGAUUCUCGAUAGCAGAUUUAUGGAUGAUGAAGAGUUUGCAGGGAAGCCAUCAAAUGUUCCCAACCUUACCGAUGUGGUGCCGAAUGGAAACACCGGCGGAGUUUACGUAUCGACACCACAGAAAAUUGCCCUUGUGAAUCUCAAUAAAUGCAAGCAGUACAGCACGUGUACGGAAUGUGUCAUAUCCGGCGACGCCCCAUGCGGAUGGUGCUCACUGAGCAAACGAUGUACCUUUGCGCAACCGUGUAAAGCCGGCAAAUCGGCAAGCCGAGUCCCUGUGUGGAUUAACAGCGCGACUGAAAGUGAUGACCGUUGCCGGACGACAGCCGAGAAUCCGACUAAUAUCACAAAAACGAAAACUUUCCCGGCAUCGUCACUUGAUCUUGCAGUAAGGGCAGCUGGUCUCGUGGCGUGGACGGUAGCGACUGUGCUAUUUUUUGCUGGAGUGGUGGCCAUUGGAUUAAUCGUUCGCAAAGCUAACUGUUCACGGUCUCUACCAUACCAGAAACUAGAUGAAAGAUGCACAGAAAGCCAACGAAAACAUACAUAUGGAAAUAUAAAACGCUAUAUGGAAAAAUUUACUGGUAUUGUGCAUCAUUACCGGCAACGUAAUGGGCCUGCUAAGGAAGAAGAAAAAGCGCCUUCGUUGAUUACUUCAAAUGCUGUUAUUUCUGAAGUUCAAAUAAACUGAAUAGCCAAAAACGUUCUUGCGGACUGCC